AUGAGAACCAGUCUUUCGCUGCUGCUGAUUGUUGUAGCCGAACUCUGCCAAGGAGAAUUCCCAUUCGGUGAGAAAUGCCACAGAUCACUACCUCAACCGGAUUUCCUGAGAAAUAUUGGCUGGAGAGCACUUCUGGACUAUUAUUCGAUUAUUUACAACUACAACGAAGUAAUUGACAAACAAAACGAUGAUGUCAAGCUUUGGGCUCAAAAGUAUGGAGUCGAGAAACAACUCGAAGAGUAUGGGAAAGAAAUGGAAAGUUACAUGGAGGAGCUGAAGCGAAAUGUCUCCACUCUCAUCGCCGAACUUCCUACAGCUCUCGAAAAAUUCCUCAAAAUCACCCAAGAGAGGAAUCAAACCCAACUGGAAAUGUGGGAUGCGCUCAAGGGAAUGCGAAGCCAGGAAUUCGAGGUCUUCGAUGUGUUGAGGGCUAGUUUCAAAGCAUUCAGGCCAAGAAGUUGCCCGAAUUCGGGUAUUUCUGGAUUCCUGGAUUCAUUCGCUUCGAAAGAUUUUGGCAACAAUUGGAUGAACGGAUGGGAUGAUGACCUGGACACUGAGGACUUGAUGCCCUUCAAAGGAUGGAAGCAAAUGCAAUUGAAUGCCAUCCAUCCUUGA